AUGCGCCACCUCCUGCGUGAGGUGAAGCUCCCCUUCAUGGAUGUGCACCUCAUAGAGACGUACCUGUUCCACCUUGCACAGGGCACGCCCGCUAAGGAAUCCAUCGGCAACGAAUCCACCUCCAAUGUGCCUCUAUUAGGGGACCGGGCAUCCCCCAAAGCUGGUAUCUGCCGUGAAGUUAAAUCACCGCCUCCGCCCACACUGCAAGGGGUCGGACUGAAAAGCACUACCACGACAAGGCCUGCCACCGUGGCAACCAUCUCCCGCACUCCUAGCCUCGAGGUGGUCGAGGUUUCAAAAUCAGAGUGCUACUAUCCCAUCAAGGCAUCUACGCGGGACAGCGAGAGACACCGAGACGGGCACACCGACAACGCAGCAGCUGUGAGAACACCACUGCAGUGGGGGGCGAAGCGCAUAGCUGUCGACGACUGCUUCGCGGCUGCACAAGCGGAUCGGCAUGUCAAGGCUCUUAGCCCCUGCCCGUCUACCACAGACGCCCCCGACAUGAUCUACAAAGUCGACAUCGUGAACUGCGCCCAUGCAGAGGAAAGCCAUCCCCGUCCGCCACCGUGCCCACCACGGCCGCAGCCGUCGUCACGUGCCGCCAUGGUCAGUCAUAGCGCCCUUACAGAGAGUUGCGCGCAGCAGCGGCAGCACACGCCGGCAGCCUUUCCGCUCUCCCUGCUGGGUAUGAUGGAGCGUGUGUUGAGGGGGUACAAGGCAGCGCUCGCCGUCGCGCUACGUGCUGUUAUGCAUCGAGAGGCGGUUUGGACGGCGCUCCAGCAGUUUCUGAACGUGGUGCGCUCGGACUGGGCGCCUUUAGCGGUUCAUGUAUCACAGGUGGCUGCUCCCGUCGCGUCGCGGGCACAGGGUGAAUCGAUUGCGGCUGCGAACGGGACGCUGGGCGCCUCUGGCAUCUCGGGGGCCCUGCCAAAACUUCGUUCGCCGCAUGAUGGUGUUGACAGCUCCGGCGACAUGGCCGUCGCCGCUUGCCGAGCAGAGGCGCUUGUGUCUCCGCACUACACGGCACAUGGAAUGAGCUCGUCGGCCAGCACGGCAGAAAGCGAUUGUGACAACAAGCGUAGCUCAACGCCAGAAAAGCAGGCAGUGUUGCACACAUCCUCCGACAGAACCGGAACAGUCGUCGACGGGGAGACCACGCGAAGCAGCAGCGCCCCCUUCCUCAAAAGGACCGUCCCGCCUGCGAAGAGCGCUGCUCACCAUGAGGACACCGGUGUGCGCACAGCCAGCUGUGAGGGCGAGGGGCAAGUCGACAUUCUUGCGCCACCACCCGAGGUUACCGGCGGUGCACAGCAAGAUCGCCAUCCGCGUGGGCAGCAGCGUCCAUCGCUGCGCCUCUCUGUUGAGUCACUUCGACAGACAUCUGAGCAGUUCGCCCUCGGAGCCGAAAGCGAAGCAGCAGCGUUGAACGGCUCUCCAGUGUGCAAGCCUCAGCCACCGCCAUCAAGGAUUUUGCCGCGGCUGCUUCGCGUCCCUAUCUCCACGCCGUCAUCUAGCGCGGGCGCUACGAGGGAUGCCACCAGCGCGCUUGUGCCGACUCGCGCGCGCUCAGCGGCUGCCCAAAGCCGCAAGACUUUUGGGCGUGCAGACCCACGCCGCUCCGCUGGAGCAUGGGGGCCCGUGCGUAACGCGGCCGCGCAUCGAACGCUUGCCCCUCGCCAUGCGUUUCCAGCAUUACCUGGCAAACAGCAGGUCUGCCGUGCGCAUCGAUCUGCCACGCCCGCUGACGGGACUCGCCGCCGCUCUCAAUCGGCGCCGUGCGUGACAGAGGCCGCGUUUCCCUCGCCUUGCCCGCCAUGUGAUUCGUCGUUUUCCGCGACACCACGCGCGAGGAUCAUGGCCAGGCGCAACGCCGAGGCAGGCAGUAUCCCUUCGCGUACAAGGCGAUUAGUGCUCCACCCCGGCGAUUCCGUGUCGCCGAUGACGGUGCGAGUGGAUCGUGAGCUGCGCGCGUCAUCUGCGUUGCCGGCCCCGGGGCGGCAGGAGCCGCACGAUGCAUCUCGCGUGACUCGUCGAUCAGGAGGUGAGAGUGCCCCGCGGCCACACAGCGGUCUUGUGCCGUCUCUCGGCAUGCGUCUGCACGCGGUCUCGCGACAGGUGUACGCGGACUGCCUAUAUCAUUACCUCUAUUAUCUCCAACGUACCACGCUCGCCGUGGUAGAGGCCGUCGACGAGCUGCGGCGCCACCACCUCUCUCACGCCGCUCCUUUCGUUGUCGAGCGCCGCAACUACCUCCUUGAGGUGCUCAUGCAGACAUCUAUGCUCGCAUGUGACGCGGCGGUGCAGUGGCUGAUGCAUGAGAGCACCUUCGAGCACGAAGGUGAUUUGAAGGAUGGAGGCGAUCAGCACCCUGUCGCUGGCCAGCCCAGCGACUCGACCAGCGAUGCGGUGUACUGCUCGACCCUGCUGCCCGGAGUGGCACAGCAAACCUGCAACCGUAUCUCUGACGCGAGGCGAUGGACACCUGAAAUACCCUGCACCAGCUCUUCUCGCCAGUGCGGUGCCGCAGCCGCGCAGGAAAUCGAGCCUGCAGGCGAGAGAGGCGCUCAGGGCGCCGUGCAGCGCGCUGUCGCGUGUGGCCAGUGGCCUGAAAAGUUGCUGCGAGCGCCGCUGAUGAGCACGCAUGCGAGCCUCGCCCGGUAUGCGGCGACGCCACUCUUUCUUGUCCGACUGGACGAAGCUCCGACCAGCAGUCCAGGUGCGCGCCAGGAGACCACAUCACGUACUACACAACCCGGCGACGGCGGCAGCGCUCAGAGCUCGGCGCCCACGACUACUUCGCCGGUGUCAGCGUUUCUAUCGCCCUGGCGCUUGGUACUGCCGGGAGAUGUGCUGGCUUCGUACGGGGGUGACACUGCGGCACCGGAGGGUGAGCGAUAUCAAACAAGGAUCGCGACCACCUAUGCCGUUCGCUCGAGCACAGCGCCUUCUGCUGCCGCCCUGCGCAGGCGUCUAGAGAGCGGCGAGCAUGUGCUGCAUCUCGAGGUGGCAACGCAGCUUGUGUAUUUGCAGACGUGCAUGCGGUGCGCGUUGCGGCACGAGUACAUCCUCUAUCUGCGCGGGAUGUCGGAGGUUCACCGCCGCUUUUACGCGGACGAGAGGAAGGCCGCGAUGUGUCGCCACGGUGCCGCGGGGCGGGUGUGUGCGACGGACUGUGACAGGAUGGAUGCCGCAGUGGCGCGUGGUGGCACUCCUGCAAAGCAUGGCAGCAUGGCCGCCACAAUGGCGCGUGACCGCUACGACCGCGUGUCUCUCAAGGAUGAGCUCUUGCGGGCGGACUGGAUGAGGAAGCUGCGGGAAUCGUGGCAGCUUCUGAUGGCAGGCAGCAGCAGCGUAGCGUAG